AUGGCGGCUUCGGGUGCGGUGUCGGGCGUGGUGGCGGUGGAGGAUGGGGCUGUUGGAAAGGUGGUUGAGCAGCUUGUGAAGAAGCGGGAGUUGUUGCGGCCCGAGGCACCCUCGGGUAUGCCUUUGCGCUUUGACAGCGCCGAGCAGGAGGCCAAUUUUCAUGCACUGAUGGCAGCCUUGAGCGCGUGCGCCAUGGGCUACGAUGCGCUCCUGCAAGCCCACACUGGUCGAGGUCUCCGUGAACUUGUCCUCUUUGGUGUCAUGGGUCUCUACAUAUCGGGACAGCAGCUCACGACCUCGGCCCUAGCGGAGCUUACCCUGGAAAACGUCAGCGAGCUUUUUCAGUUACCACUCCGCGACGAGGCCGGCGCCACCACUGUCAUGCCGGCUGUUCAGUCUGUGCCCCCUCAUCCCUUGGCCCCGCUAGCACAGCGGCUUUUGGAGGUGCUUCAUGAACUGGCCGACGGGUGCCACCGGACUACGGCAAGUGAACGCGUGCAAGCACUCAAAACGACAUUUCCAGCCACCUUUGCAGACUCGUUGGAACUGGACCGUGAGCCGCUGCAACACGUGGAUGCGUUACCUUCAGGGAUAUUGAAUGAUGAUGCCGAUGCCGUGGCGCUGGACGCCGGAGCUCACCUUCUGAUUGAUCUUCUUUGGCGUCGCUUUCAUGAGCACAAGGAUAAGGCCUUGCAAAAGGCCUUUGCUCUGGACACGCGCCAUCAGCUCUUCUGCACAGUGGAUGACGACUUGGUCUUUCAUUUGAUCCGCCUUGGAGUGCUUUCCGUGCCCAGCAAGAGCGCAGACUUGGAUCCGCGGGCCCUGCGCCACGGAGCGCUGGCGGCCCUUUUGAAGUUACACCAGGCACUAGCGGAUCAAGAGGUCAAGUGUUGCUGGCGCGACAUGGAUCAGGCUUUGCGAGCCGUGCAGUUGCCCCACUGCAACCACAGCCACAGCCACGGCGACGAGGCCGACGGCCAUGGUCACGGCCACAGCCACGGUCAUGGUCACAGCCACUCUUGA